GUGAAGUGGAAAGGGGCAGGCCAGGGAUGGGGUAAAGAGGGGUGAGAUAUGGUUGUUUGUGAUGGGUUUAUACGUCCCACACAUCUCAACAAAUGGGAUGUUUUAUUCUUAGCUUUGGAGUGUAGUUGUAGGGCUUAUUUGGUGGUUAAAAUGGAGGGUGUGUAUGCUGUUUGGGUAGGGAACAAAGGGGGUCCAUGUGUUGGGGUUUAUUAUGGGGAUGAUAUGUGUUGUUUUGGCUCUUGUGUUUCGGCCAGAAUUGAAGGGAAAAAGGAUGAAAUAUUUGUGGGUCAUUUUGAUAUGAUGAUCCUGUGCUCGGAGCUGAAUGAUAACAACAACGAUGGUGGAGGGACUUUGGAACAGAUGGCUGCCGCGCGUCCCGCCGCAGGAGCAAGUAUGACUAUACGAGGCUGCCUAAUCUGAUCUGGUCGACUGGUCCACUUACUAAAAUGAUGAAGUGUAUUACGUGGUUUGAUUUGUGCUUGAUAUUGUAAAUUGAUACACAUGUGCACUCGCUAAAAUGAUCUUACAUGCUUUUUUUAGUUGAAGGUUUGGCCAGUGCUACCAGUACGAUUCUCUCCUAUAUUUCAUUUUAGCUGAUUAUGCCAGGAAUACAUACUAUGUCAAGCUUAUGUGCAUGCGACUAUUUGCCCUCCCUAUGUUUUGCGCUUGAGGCUUCAGGUUUUGGAACUGCUUUGAGAUGAUUAUUGCAAUUUUGCUGAUGCAGUUAGAUAUGAAGCUGAUGGACCAAUU